AUGCCCGAAGCAACGGCCUCCGGUGCCGACACGGGCGGCGCUGCUCGUUCUCGCGAGCACAACCAGGGCAACCAAGGCCGCACCUACACCGUCGAGCAAAAGGCCGCCGUCCUGCGCAUCCGGAAAUGCAAGCCCACCGCCUUUUACGACAUCCUGGGCCUCGAGACCGUCCGCUCCUCGUGCUCCGACUCGGAUAUCAAAAAGGCCUACAGGAAACAGUCGCUGCUGACGCACCCCGACAAGAAUGGCCACGAGCACGCCGACGAGGCCUUCAAGAUGGUCAGCCGCGCCUUUGGCAUCUUGGGCGACAAGGAGAAGCGAGAAAAGUUCGACAAGUUCGGCACAGACCCCGACAGCCGGUUCGAGAGCGCCAGGCAGCAGAAUCCCUUCUCGGGCUUUGGGUCACGGCAGGCCGCGGCGGCGGGAGGCGGCGGCUGGGGGGAGGAUGAGAUGACGCCCGAGGAGAUGUUUGCGCGUUUCUUUGGCGGCGGCGGUGGUCCCUUUGGCGGAGGCUUUGGAGGUCCCCAGUUCGUCUUCAACUUUGGCGGCGGUCCCGGCAUUCGAGUACACCAAUUUGGCGGCGGCAUGCCCCGAGCAAGACCGCGAGAGGCCCAGGGCGGCGCUCCUCAACAAGAACAAUUCGGACUCCAGACGCUGCUGGGUCUCCUCCCCAUCCUCCUCUUCUUCAUUAUCCCUCUCGUCACCUCCAUCUUCUCCGGUGGCUCCUCCACACCCGCCACUCCGCGCAUGGUUUUCGACGACCCCAAGGCGCCCUUCACCGAGGGCCGCACAACACCAAACCUCAACGUCAAAUACUUUGUCAUACCGUCCGACGUCGCCUCAUAUAGCAAGUCCAAGUUGACCCAGCUGGACCGUACGGCCGAAAUCAACCUUGUGCGGCAACUGCGGUACGAGUGUGAAAACGAAGCCAUGCACAAGAGACAAUUGAGGGAGAAUGCCAUGGGGUGGUUCUACCAGGAUCCGGAGAAGAUGGCCGCUGCGGAUGCAUACAAGAUGCCCGCGUGCCAAAGGCUAGAGACGCUUGGCGUGGGCCGGUCAUAG